UCGUCCCGAUCGGCUUCGUCGUUCUUCCCGCGCGGGGGCGACCGCGCAGGCCAUGCCGAGCGCCGGCCAUGGCCACCGCCGCCGGCCUCCUCGUCGCCACCCACCCGGCCUGCCCCCUCACACCCCCUACUCCCGCGCGCUGCAGCAGCGCCUCUACCUCCUCGCCCAGCACCGCCGCCGCCGCAUCGCUCCGGGAGACACCUCCUCCGCCCGCCGCGCGCUCGACCAGCUCCACGCGCAGGUGAUCCUCAACGGGUUCCCCCGCAAGCGCUUCCUCCUCGCCAAGCUGCUCUCGCUCGCCGCCGCGGCCGCCGACCUUCCCCGCGCCGAGUCCCUCUUCCUCGCCCCCGCGCCCGCGGCCGAGGCCGACGACAGCUGCUCGUCUGCCUCGUCGUCAUCAACCACCCUCGCCAACCUCCUCCUCCGCGCCGCCGCGUCGUCCCGCGCGCCGCCUCACCGGCUGGUGGUCCUCUUCUCGCGCCUCGUUUCCCGCCACGGGUUCCGCCCCAACGCUUUCUCCUUCUCCACGAUCCUCGCUGCCCUCGUGGACGCGGGCGCCGCGGCACUCCCCCACGGCCGCGCUCUCCACGCCCGCGCGGUCGCGUGCGGGCUAGCGCUGUCCAGCGGGCACGUGCUUACCAGCCUCCUUGAUCUCUACGCGGUGGCCGGGCAGCUUCGGGAGGCCCGUCAAGUGUUCGACGAAAUGCCGGAGAGGACGGUGGCGGCAUGGAAUUGCAUGCUUGCGGCUUAUGUGCGGUGCCGCGAGAUGGAUGUGGCACUGUGGUUCUUCAAUGAGAUGCCUGAGAGGGAUUCCGUGGCAUGGACGACGAUGAUCGCUGGCUGUGCAAAUGCCGGGAGGGCAGCAGAGGCGGUUGAGCUCUUCUGGAGGAUGAGGAAGGCAAAUGUGAAGGAUGACGCAGUGACAAUGGUUGCCUUGCUAACGGCGUGUGCCGAGCAGGGGGACCUGCGGCUCGGGCGGUGGGUGCACACCCGCGUCGAGCAGGAAGGACGAGAGUGGCGGACGGUUUUGCUGGACAAUGCACUCAUCAAUAUGUAUGUGAAAUGUGGGGCUAUGGAGGAUGCACACCGCUUGUUUCUGGUGAUGCCAAAGCGGAGUACUGUGUCAUGGACUACUAUGAUCUCAGGGCUUGCAAUACAUGGUCGCGCUGAGGAGGCACUAGACUUGUUUCACAGAAUGCAGGAGCAUCCUGAUGGUGCGACUCUGCUUGCAGUGCUGUUGGCAUGCAGCCAUGCAGGGAGGGUUGAUGAUGGCCGGCAAUACUUUCAGAGUAUGGAAAGAUUUUAUGGGAUCACUCCGGGGAUACAGCACUACGGCUGCAUGGUUGACAUGCUCUGCCGCAGGAAGCAAUUGCGUGAAGCUCUUGAGCUUGUGAAGACAAUGCCUUUGCAGCCUAACGAUGCCGUGUGGGGUGCACUGCUUAGCGGAUGCAAGAGGGAAGGCAAUCUUGAGAUCGCAGCAGAAGUGACUGAAAGGUUGAUUGAGCUGCAGCCAGAGCGAGCAGCUGGCCACCUUGUCCUGCUGGCUAACAUGUAUGCUGGUGUUGGACAGUGGGAGCAAGCUGGGAAGUUAAGAGAGAGAAUAGCUACAUUGGAUGCUGGAAAAUCUGCAGGAACAAGCAAGCAGGAAUUCAGGGGAGUCUUUGACUAAGUUAGUGUUGGAGCUUGAAGGUCAACUUCAAGCACGAAACCAUGAGGUGUUCUUGUGAAUGCCUGAGGAAAAAUGUUUCAGAUUGAGUAGUGGCAAAAGGAUAUACGCAUCUUAUAUUCUUGACCCUCUGGUGAAACCAUGAAAUUAUGCAGCAGCAUUGCUCCUUUUCAGGUUCCUUAUGUCACUCAAGAAGCUUGUUACAUGUGCCAAUGCCAAUUGCAGCAGCGAGAUGCCAUGCAGCAUGGAUAUAGGGAG